AUGGAAAGCGAUAAAACCCGUGCUCUAAGAAUCGUUCGAAUGUGGAAUUUGUACACUCCGGCAUCCCUUGAGGCAUUCCUCAGCAACGCCGUAGAUGGCGACCAGGCUUCAAGAUAUUUGCUGCAAACAUACGCCGAUGACGGGAGUGAUGCAAUUACACGAUUUGCAAAAGAAUGUGCAUUCACCACAUCUUUCCACCGAGAUGUACUCAAAGACCAAACUCUAGAGAAUCAGAUUCGAAAUCGUUGGACUCUAAGCGAGGGCGCGGUAAUAGCCUUUUCCAGAGGGGUUAUCAGACUCGAACAGCUGGCAGGAACAGAGGUUCAGAUGUCUUUCUUCCUUAGUCGUAACCCCACUAACUCUGCGCAGUACGAUAUCCUCUACAGCAAUCAUGGCGGCAAAGCUCCCGUAAUUUAUAGCCUCACCGACGAUUCGAUUGAGAAUGUGAUCUACCUGAUCACUCAAGCUCUGGAAUUGAGAGUCUCAACCCGGAACUUCUUGGACUACACUCUCGAUACUAUAGGAAUCUAA